AGCAAUGGAAUGGAGAGACUAGGAUCAAAUCCUUGCACUGCCAUUUGCAAGAGUUAUGACUUUGAGCAAGUCCUCAAACUCCCUGAGAAUCAUAAUUUCCACCUCGGCCACCUAGCUGUCAGCUUGUGACUCUCAGGGACCAAUCACUUUUAUAUUUUUAAAGAUUCUGGGCUGAAGGGAUUUUGUUCCAGAAAUAUACUGAUCAUCCUUGGCUUCUCCUUUAUCAUGGCUGUCAUAGCUCUGAUCGCUGUGGGGCUGACCCAGAACAAAGCAUUACCAGAAAAUGUUAAGUAUGGGAUUGUGCUGGAUGCAGGCUCUUCUCACACAACUUUGUACAUCUAUAAGUGGCCAGCAGAAAAGGAGAAUGACACAGGGGUCGUGAAUCAGAUAUACGAGUGCAAGGUAAAAGGUCCUGGAAUCUCACAAUAUGCUCACAAAACAAGUGACUUGGGCAUUUAUCUGACUACAUGCAUGGAAAGAGCCAAGGAAGUGAUUCCAGUAUCCCAGCACCAAGAGACUCCUGUUUACCUGGGAGCUACGGCAGGCAUGCGGUUGCUCAGACUUGAAAACGAAUGGUUGGCAAACGAUGUCCUGACGGUGGUGAGAGAUGUCCUCAACAACUACCCCUUUGACUUCAGGGGUGCCAGAAUCAUCUCUGGUGGAGAGGAAGGUGCCUAUGGCUGGAUUACUAUCAACUAUCUGCUGGGAAAAUUCACUAAGAAACUGAGGUGGCUCAACCUGUUGCCAAAUGACAACGAGAGUCAGGAAACUUAUGGAGCUUUAGACCUUGGGGGAGCCUCUACACAAAUCACUUUUGUGCCCCAAAACCAGACAAUCGAGUCUCCACAAAAUGCUCUGUACUUUCGUCUGUAUGGCAAGGACUACAGUGUAUACACACACAGUUUCUUGUGCUACGGGAAGGAUCAAGCACUCUUGCAGAAAAUAGCCAAGGACAUUCAGGCUACAAAUGGAAUCAUCCAGGACCCAUGUUUUAACCAUGGAUAUAGGAGGGUAAUGAAUGUAAGUGACAUUUACAAUAGCACCUGCACCUGGAAAUUUGGGAAGCCUCUUUCAUUCAAUCAAUUAGAAAUCCAGGGCACUGGAGACUUUGAAGAAUGCCAGGAAAGUGUCACUACACUCUUCAACAUCAGUCAAUGCCCUUACUCCCACUGUGCCUUCAAUAAGAUUUUCUUGCCGCAACUUCAAGGACAAUUUGGGGCAUUUUCAGCCUAUUACUAUGUGAUGAAGUUUUUAAAUCUUACAUCAGAGGAACCCCUCUCUCAGGAAAAGAUGAUUGACACGAUAAAAAAAUUCUGCUCUCAGCCUUGGAAAGAGCUGAAGAUGAACUUUGGUGCUGUGAAGGAGAAGUACCUGAGUGAAUACUGCUUUUCCGGAACUUACAUUAUCUCUCUUCUUCAGAAGGGCUAUCAUUUCACACCUGAUAACUGGAAGACUAUUCAUUUCAUGGGCCAGAUCCGGGACACUGAUGUGGGAUGGACUUUGGGCUACAUGCUGAACCUGACCAACAUGAUCCCAGCAGAGCAGCCGAUGUCUGCACCUCUCUCCCAUUCCACCUAUGUCUUCCUCAUGGUUGUCUUCUCUCUGAUCCUGAUUGCAGUGGUUCUCAUAGGCUUGAUUAUCUUUCACAAGCCUUCAUUUUUCUGGAAAGACAUGGUAUAGCAGGAGCAGCUGCAAUCUGCUGGCUGGAGUGAGAAAAAAACUUGUCCAGGGGGCACUUUCCUCCACAGUGGUGUACAAGGUUCACUUUCCUUGUUCAUGAAGGCCAGUCUUGACCAGUGUAAAGCUUCCUGGGUUUUGCUGAAGCCUUUCCCUGGAAGGUAAUCACCACCUUCUGCCUCAAGAACUUCCUGGUGGACAUUGCCUCUUUUGUGAGUCUUUCCUAGCUCCAGCCCCUCCUUCCUUUUUUGUACUCUGUGCUCAUGUAGGUCUUAAAAACCUGCCACCUUUCAUGAUCUUUGCUUUAUAAAAGAACAAUAUUGGCUUCGUCUAGAAGAACAGAGUCUUGACUCCUGUGCUAAGAAAGUGUGCUGGCUAAAAGAAGAACCUCAGCUGUAUUCUUACAGACCCUUUCUCCCUUGUUUCCCAUUUAUUAAGAAAGCCAUACAGUGCCUUUGAAGAGCACAGACACACAUUCCACUCUCAGCCUGCCUUUGCACGGGAGAAUUUUCUAGACCAGAAAAAUAUGUCUAGGACCAAAGAGUCUUGCAAGGGAAUUUAUGUGCUUGUGCCGGUUAAUACUACACUUAAUCAAAGCCAAAACAAAAAUGGGUCACACAUUUCAGGGUGAUGCCAGAAUGCUACAGAGCUGAACACCCAGAUCAGAUUUCUAAAAAGCUGAUGUACAUAUAGGCAUUCAGAUAUUAGGGUAUAUAUUACAUGGUAGAUGUAUACAUACCAGGAAGAAAAAUAUAGUUGGCUUGGGAAGUGCAUCCUCCUCUGCAUUUAUUGAAGGUUUUGUUUUUAUUGUAGUAAAAUACACAUUACGUAAAAUUCACCAUUUUAACAUGUACGAUUCAGUGGUACUGCACUCACAGUGUUGUGCAACCAUGACUACCACCUAACUGUAGAAUAUUUUCAUCACCAAGAGAUUGGCUAGAGACAAGACCAUUCCUGGGGAGGCUCAAACCACCAACCUUUCAGUUAAUAGGCAGAUCUGCUAAGUGCACCACAAAGCCACUAUUGAAUUUUAAAGCCAUGCCAUAUCUUAUUGUCCCAGGGUUUACUUUAGGGAGAAAGUUGCAUUAGCGUAGUGUGCCAUACCUUUUUGCUAUUAUGAUAUUUAUGCGUCAGAAUGUGCCAGGGAUCAGAUCUGAAAGUGUUGAUGCUACUCCUGUCACACAAGCAUGGGUUCUAUUUACUUGUUCCAUGGAAUAUUUUGUGAGAGAAGCAGCAGCUAUGGAUCUUGUCACAGAAAUAUGAAGAGACCCUGUACCCCCUUCCUUUAAGGAUUACUGUUAAGAGUUACCUUUUGAGCAGGACCGAGUGGCAUUGUGUUUACUCUGACCUUGCCCAGGCUUUCCAUCUCUGGAUCUAGGGAGUGACUACUGAGCUGAUGUGGGGCAGGGUGGAGGGGAGAAGGAAAAGCUCUUCCACAAACUAGAAGCCAAAUAGCCCUACAUUUCUUGAAUAACCAAGUCAGUUUUUACAAUAUCCAGGUGAAUAUAAGUAUAAUAAAGCUGUGGACAGGAACAUUUUCUUCUCUGAUACCCGCAAUUGAACUUGUUGUACCUUGAUAAGGAAUAAAAAGUCAA